ACGUCAGCGAUGUUUCCGCGUUCUUUGGGGAAGUUGAUCUUUGGACAGAAAGGAUAUUGUCUACAGCGCUAUAACAAAAUCACGUGCCUCUAAACCCUCCACGGCUUCAUCACACAGAUCUCGUAUUCGUUACUUAAAGGCGUCACGGUUCAGUUAUGGUUGCGCCACCUUUAUGAUAGCGUAUCUGCAGUUUGCGCCGAUUAUUGUGCGCUCGCUCCUCGCGGCUUUUAAAGUCUGAAAAUGAGCGAUCAGAGAAGAAAAACGUUCAAAACAAUCCUUCAGUUUACGUGUCAACUUUUGUGGGUGGUGGGGUUGGUGGUGGGCCUGAGUGGAUUCUACCUGCUGAAGAACUUGAGAGAGAACAGCUUAUUUUUCUCUCACAGCUACAUCACCCUACCAGCUAUCCUCGCUCUCACCAGCGCUGCGUUUUUAAUGGCCAGCGGGUUCCUGGGCUCCUGGCUGAGCCUCAGGGAUUCCACCUUUCUGCAGGGACUGUUUGUUUAUCUGCUGGUUAUGGUCCUUUGUCUGGAAUGUACGGCUUCAGCGUUGGCUUACUUUCACUCUACAAAGCUGGAUUCAGAGAUAGCUCCCCUCAGUGGAGUGUUUCAGAAUUACACAGGCAGCAGAGAGGACCCAAACUCUCGAGCUGUGGAUGCUACACAAGAAGAGUUGCAGUGUUGUGGGGUCCAUGACUACAGGGACUGGCUAAAAACCUCGUGGUUCAACCAAACAGGAGAACCCUGUGUUCCUCACAGCUGCUGCAACUCUACAUUCCCCUCCUGCAAUGGGGCUGUGGACCAACCGUGGCAGCUUUACCCACAGGGCUGCCAGGUGAAGCUGGCGAUGAGCUUCCGGUUUGUGCUGAGUUUUAUCAUCUGGGGCUCCCCAGUGGUUUUUCUGGUGGAGAUCAUUUUGUUCCUGACAGUAGCACAGCUGAUGAGGGACUAUCCGGAUUAUCAAGUACUGGACAAAAAGUAAAGACACUGUGACAGAUGGGACAGCAUUGUACUUUGAAAAGAUACAACUAGUACAGCGUGUCAUAUUGUAAUGUCGAAAUGUGCAUAAAAUUGUUGUUGGGAUUGCUGUUAGAAUAAUUAUUGCUGAGCUGCACACCUUUCACCUGCUGAAUAAUAAUACAGGUUUACUCCUGUUCACUACAAAACAUGUGACAUCAAAGUGGUGAAAUAUAGUUUGUGCAAUGUGGUUGUUGGUAUUUCUGACACCAAAAAGAUUACAAUGGUUUACGCAAAGCUUUUUAUGGCUUUAGAUAUACUGUUGCACCUUUCAGUCUAUGUAUUUGUUGACUAAACGUGUCGUAUGACCCUGCUGAGUGGAAAUAAUCAGUUAUGAGUGAUGUUUCACGUCUUCUGUUUGGUGACUAUGAUGUGUUGCCAUCAGGUUGAAGGUAUACAGGCCUUUUUUUGCCUUCCUGUAUCUUUCAUACACUCCAUAGCUCUGUUAAACAUAUCAUGAUAUGUGAUCUGAUGGUUUGUGUCUGGAUAUGUAGUAAGGUAACAUUGUUUCUUGAAUAUCGGUGUGUUAUUAUUGUAUACAGAGCACUUCUUUUUACUGUCUCUAUGUGUAAUUUUAUAAUUGUCUAAAAUUGACACACUUCGGAAGGUACAGUAAACUAAACUUAAUUUCCUUGCACUUUGCUGUUUACUUUACAUACAACUUACACUUGUUUUGCAUAGUUCAUGAUCUGAAUUAUUGUACCUUGUAUGUACCAAAUUUCACGCUUUGUUCUGUAUCCUGCACCCUCUGCUAUGUACUUUUAUUGUUCUUGUACGUAUUUGUAUGUAUUUGUCUUAUAUGGACCCUGAGUCUGAAAUAAAGUUUAAUUGAUUGAUUGAUGAAUGUGAAAAAUACAGAAAUCCCCAUUAAGCAUUUUCAUAACAACUAACAAGGACAUUUAUAUAUAUAUUAACAUUAAUUCACAGAUGAUGACAGAUGAUUUUCCCUAUAGAGAGCAAAACAAAACAAAGAGAGCAUCAUGAUAAACUCUAUCAGUAUUUUAUGGGCAGUAUUUAUGUUGCAGAAAGCCUUUUUUCAAUGUCGGCCAACAACACAAUGUGAAGAAGACCAGAAGUUUGUUGCAGGAAAUGUAACAUAUAACAAUUUCCGAUGAUAUGUCUGUUUUUGCACGGUGUGUAUUCCAACAAACCAGGGGCAAUUUUUCAAUAAAAGUGUAUUCAUAAAAAUUAAUAGC